AUGGCGGAAAAGGAGAACUCAUCAGAAGCGCCGUCUCUGAUUCCGUCGCUUCCAGAAGACGUCAUCAUUGACAUCUUAGCACGUGUUUCCAGAUGGGAAUAUCCAACACUCUCCCUCGUUUCCAAGCAGUUCCGGUCACUCGUUGCUUCGCCUGAGCUAUACGCAGGACGAUCUCUGCUGGGAUGCACCGAACACUGCCUCUACAGUGCUCUCUUUGAGGGAGAAACCCGUCUUUUACAUUGGUAUACUCUCUGCCGGAAAGCCAACGGUAAUCGCAUCUUGGUCCCUAUCCGUUCACUUCCCACUCUGACUCUCAGUGAGAGCUUAGUCGCGGUGGGCUCGAAGAUAUACGUGUUUGGUAGUGGGAUUGCUAAAACGAGUGCGUAUUGCAUAGACUGUAGAUCUCACACGGUGGAACCCCUUCCCAGCAUGCCUGUACCCAUAUCGUAUAUAAUGGCUGAUAUCAUCGACGAGAAGAUUUACGUAAUGGGUUGCUUGGAUGAAUUUGAGAAUUAUGUCCUAAUCUUUUUCAAUACGAAAACUCACAUGUGGGAGCCUGAGAUUUUAAAACCAGACAUGGAGGUGCCUGGGGAGCGCCACCAGACCUUUUGUGGUAAUUAUGUGCAUCAGUGCAUGGUGUUGGCUGAUAAGAUGUAUUUAGGGCUGAGUCCUACUCGUUUCAGUCUUGUUGACGACCCAGCGGAAAAUAUAUGGAGAGAGGAUGAUAUGGAUAUUAUGCGUUCCAUAAAGAGGGCGACCGCAUGUGUUAUUGAUGACAUGAUAUACUACUACCCUCGUUACGAUCAAGAUGACGACGAUAUUCUUGUUGCUAAAUAUAUACUAACGUAUGAUCCAAAGCGGAGGUGUUGGGGAGUGGUGAAAGAUUUGAGAAAGCUGUUUUCUAAGAUGAAAAAAUUCUGGUGUGUGCACACUGUUAAUUACGGUGGGAAGCUGGCUUUUUUUUAUUGUAAAGAGGUUAAAAAUUAUCGUAGAGGAAGAGAUGUAGAAUCCAAGGGGGAGACUUGGUGUGUGGAGAUUUCGGUAGAAAGACGUCAAGGAGAAGAAAUUUGGGGUAAAGUUGAGUGGUGUGGUCAGGUCCUGGUUGCUGAUUCCGGGUUGAUGAAUUGUCUAAAUGUUAUGGUUUGA